UAGGUGAAGUGGUUGAAGUGGAUGAUGAAAUUCCCUAAGCGUUACCUGAUUGUCGUUUUGACCUUUAUCUGCACAUCUGUUUGUUACAUAGAGAGGGUUGGGUUUUCAAUUGCAUAUACUGUUGCUGCUGAUGCUGCUGGAGUGAAUCAAUCUAGCAAAGGGGCUAUACUAUCUACUUUCUACUAUGGAUAUGCUUGUUCGCAAGUGCCAGGGGGAUGGGCUGCUCAGAAAAUCGGAGGGAGGACAGUUCUCCUUCUUUCAUUUGUUGUAUGGUCACUAACUUGUGCAUUGGUUCCGUUAGAUCCCAAUCGAGUUUUUGUGUUAAUAAUUGCGCGUUUGCUGGUUGGUGUGGCACAGGGAUUCAUCUUUCCCUCCAUCCACACUGUUCUAGCACAAUGGGUUCCUCCCCAUGAAAGAUCUAGAUCUGUUUCUCUUACAACUUCUGGGAUGUAUCUAGGUGCAGCAAUGGGAAUGCUUGUCCUUCCCAGUCUAGUGAAACUUAGAGGUCCUCAAUCUAUAUUUGUUGCCGAGGCAGCAAUGGGUGGCAUGUGGUCCUUACUUUGGUUUACAUAUGGCAGUGAUCCUCCUCGUAUUGAGCAUCCAAAGGCCACGGCUUCCGGGUUUGGAGAAUUAUUGUUGCCUAUCAAGGGGAAUCUGAGAUCAAAGGUUGAGAAUGGAAGAAUUUCAGUCAAAGCAGCCAAAAUCCCUUGGAUGAAAAUCCUAACUAGCUUGCCAGUCUGGGCAAUCGUUGUGAACAAUUUCACUUUUCAUUAUGGUUUAUAUGUGUUGAUGAAUUGGCUGCCAACCUACUUUGAAUUAGGCCUUAAACUAAGCCUUCAAGAUAUGGGUUCUUCAAAAAUGAUGCCUUAUCUGAACAUGUUUAUAUUCUCAAACAUAGGUGGUGUAGUUGCUGAUCAUUUAAUCACCAAGAGAAUAAUGUCUGUGACAAAAACCAGGAAAUUCUUGAAUACCAUAGGAUUUUUAGUUGCUUCUCUUGCAUUGAUUGUAAUUCCCAUAUUCAGAACAUCUGGUGGGGCUAUCUUCUGUUCUUCUGUGGCUCUGGGUUUUCUGGCUCUGGGCAGAGCUGGAUUUGCAGUGAAUCACAUGGAUGUGGCUCCAAGAUAUGCCGGAAUUGUAAUGGGUGUUUCUAAUACCGCAGGCACUUUAGCCGGAAUUAUUGGAGUGGACCUUACUGGCAGACUUCUUGAAGCUGCUAAAACUGCUAAUUCAGAUCUUACAGGUCCUGAUAGCUGGAGAGCAGUGUUCUUCAUUCCUGGCUUGCUAUGUUUUUUUAGUUCCUUAAUAUUCUUACAAUUUUCAACUGGGGAGAAAAUUUUUGACUGAGGAAGGCUGCUUGUCACUUGAUGAUCUGAUGGCUCAUUUGCAGUGUGUUUGGUUUCACAUCAAAGCAUGGCUUUUGGUGGUUUCCAACGUAAACCCAAGCAUGCACUA